UCAGAAUGAUCUUACUAGCAAGCUGGAUAUCAGUCCUAACAACACUUCUCUUACAUUUUUGGAGAGCAAAGGUCUAUGCUUCUGGAAAUUCAGAGGAGGAAAUAGAUUUCACAUAUGUUAUCAUAGGAGUUACUCUGGGAGCCCUUCUAGCAAUUGCUUUUGUAGCAGUAAUAAUCUGUAUGAUCAAAAAACAAAUGCUUGACAAUGUCUUCGGAGAGUCAGAUGGCAAAAUGGACAGAAGGUCAAAUAUGGGAUCAAGUCAGAACAGAGAAGAUGUCAACAUCCCAGGGCAAAAAAGUACAAAUGAUCUAUAAUCCUUUUGCAGUUGACAGCUACCUGCUCUGAGGAUCAAUGCAAGUCUCUUGUCCACAGGCAGGAAUCUCACCAAUAACAAUUCCUUUGCUUGCUUUGUAAUUGAAAGACUGAUUGGCUACAAGAGUUUACAGUGCAUGCUAACUUCAAUAAUCUGCACACGAAAAGCCUGGAAUCCCCAGUACCGUGGAUAAGAACAAAAUGUAUGAGGAAAAUAGAAAAGAUGAGGUCUGCUCAUUAAUAGGCCCUGUUUAGCCUGGAAUAAGUAUAUGAUUGAUUUCUAAAAUCAGUUAAAUCCAGGGUAAUUAAAAAGCUAGCAAGAUAUUUCAGAGCAGAAUUCAAAGCCACACUCAUACUUCCAGUAAGGCAAAUAAUGCACGAAGUGACUCAGAAAAUCAGUCAUUUGAGAUCAAGCAAAACAAGAUUUCUCAAGUUUUUCAAGACAAAUGCUUUGUGUUUAUCUAAAAAUAUUUCAUUCAUGCUAAAGUGAUAUCUAUUUUUAGCUUUAGAA